AUGGGAUGUGGUAGAACAGAUGAAGGCAUGUUAAGAUGCUCUACUUGUCUUAGAUCAUGGUAUUGCGAUAGAGAUUGCCAGAGAAAGAACUGGGAAAGCCACAAGGAACAAUGCCAUGAAGUUGUAAUAAAAACAAUACAGGUGGCAAAGAGUAUAAAAAUGAACCUCAUAAAUGUUCGGCUGUUCCCUGGAAUGGAACGUACUUACUACUGGGGUAAUGUGCCUGCUGUAGACCUGCUUAACUUGCCGAUGAAUGAAGGCGACAAGUAUUCGAACCCAAUGGCUUUGUUGCUAUGUGGAGUUUGUGAUCCACGGAAUGUUCUACUUACGAUUGCUUCGUUACCUGAUGUUUAUACACAGCAAGUCAGUUUCGUUUUAAACGACAUCUGUCCUUGUACCUUUGUACUUCUAUACAUAUUUUACAAAGGUGAGAUAAAAGACAUUCCUUGA